GCGUCGCGGCGGAACGCGACUGGGCGGCUGAGGGCAGGCCCGGAGGCCUUGGGGGAUGUACCGGGCACUUCCGCCUAGGAAGUUGCCUUCAUUGCGUCUCCAUGGCCUCACUGGUGGCAUAUGAAGAUUCCGACUCAGAGGCAGAGACUGAGCCUGCUGGAACUGUGAAUGCUGGUGGCCAGAUGAAAGAUGCUACUGGUGUGAGAAGACCUCCUGGGCAGGUCUGUGCCUCUGGCACAGUGGACGCGAUGAGGGAGGGGUCACUUUUCACAGAGAACAGUCCUAGUAAAGACUCUGGGGAGAGACGGCUCCCGCUGGCUCAGUUCUGUAGAAGUGACCCAGGAUCUUGCCCCAGCCAGAGGCUGCAGUGGCCCAUGAAAGAGCCUGAGGUCACCUUCCCCUCCAGUGAGCCUCCUCGCCCUUCUUUGUGGAUGAGCCAAGCUCCGGCCGGCAACGUGCCCUUGUCAGCUGCCUGCUUGAAGCCAGUCAAACCUUCCCGGGACUCCCUCAGAUCACCUUUCCAUGCUCCAAACCAAUCUGAAAGCACAGCUGGAAACGCCAGCUGUUUUCAGAGGAAAAGGAGUGAGGACUGUGUUGUUCCAUACAUCCCCAAGAGACUAAGGCAGAUGCAGGUACCUGACCCAGAAGCCGGCGGCGGCAAAGAUGCAGAGCCCGCUGUAGGGUGUGCACCAGCACCUCUCUCGGUGUCUCCUGCGGUGUCCGAGUUGAUUCAACCAUACCUGAACAGUCAGUAUAGAGAGACCAAGGUCCCCAGGAAAGUGCUCUUCCACCUGCGAGGCCAUGGGGGCCCCAUCAACAGCAUUCAGUGGUGCCCGGUGUUUUCUAAGAGCCACAUGCUUCUCUCCACAUCCAUGGAUAAGACCUUCAAGGUGUGGAACGCUGUGGACUCAGGACGCUGCCUACAGACCUACUUCCUGCACAGCGAGGCUGUGCGGGCCGCACGGUGGUCUCCCUGCGGCCAGCGUAUCCUCAGUGGUGGUUUUGAUUUUUCCCUGCACCUCACAGACCUGGAAACAGGAACCCAAGUGUUCAGUGGUCAGAGUGACUUCAGAAUCACUACCUUGAAAUUCCAUCCAAAAGACCACAACACAUUUUUAUGUGGUGGCUUCAGCUCUGAAAUCAAAGCUUGGGACAUAAGGACUGGCAAGGUGGUGAGAAGCUACAAGGCAACCAUCCAGCAAACCUUGGACAUCCUCUUCCUCCAAGAGGCCUCCGAGUUCCUGAGUAGUACUGAUGCUUCCACCCGGGACUCCGCUGACCGAACCAUUAUUGCCUGGGAUUUCCGGAGCUCCGCCAAAAUCUCCAACCAGAUUUUCCAUGAGAGGUACACAUGCCCCAGCCUUGCCUUGCACCCAAGGGAGCCUGUGUUCCUGGCGCAAACCAAUGGCAACUACUUGGCUCUCUUCUCAGCUGUAUGGCCCUACCGGAUGAGCAGACGGCGGCGCUAUGAAGGACACAAGGUGGUCUGCCCACGCCUGUGUCUUUCUCUGCAGGUGGAAGGCUAUGCUGUGGGCUGCGAGUGCUCCCCGUGUGGUGACCUGCUGGUGACAGGCAGCGCCGAUGGCCGGGUCCUAAUGUUCAGCUUCCGCACUGCCAGCCGGGCAUGCACUCUGCAGGCGCACACACAGGCCUGCCUUGGCACUACCUACCAUCCUGUGCUGCCCUCUGUCCUCGGCACCUGCUCCUGGGGAGGCGACAUCAAGAUCUGGCACUGACACUGGAGACUGGGCUCCCUCCCUCCUAGAGUGGACAGUGUGCACAACACUGAGGUUGGCUGGAGAGCAAGCGGCUGCCUCCUCCACCUGCUGCGCCUCAAUGUCCUCAUCUGCACAAUGGGGACAAGACUCGGUCUCAGGGUGUGAGGACUGCAUUGGUGAAGGCACCUUCCAGAAAUCUGGUGAUGCCCAAUAAAUGCAUGUUCUGUA